GCUGACCUUGCACCGUGGUCUCGAUAGUCGUUUUGGCGCCCGAUUUGAUUUGUGUUUUGGUUCGUCUCCGCUGAUUUCUUUAUUUUGGUUAUCAAAAAUGGAUCAGAUUGACGACAUCGAAAGGGUUCUUCGUGACAUCUCGAGGGAGGCGCAUGUGAAGAGCUUAGAUGCCUUCAAGUCAAACGACUUCAAAGGCCAUUACAAGGCGAAGCUACAAAAUGCCGAGGGAUAUCUUGACAAACUCAAAACUAAUUACACAGCUUUGGAGACAAAGUCACUUUUUCUGGAAAAUCUGGCAAAAGAUCCAGAAUCCUGGCCGACACUGGAUGGAAUAGAAGAUCACUAUACAAGUAUGAACACUGAUGCUCAUAUGGAAAUGAAGAAUGUCGCUGAGGAUCUUGAAGAUGAGGUUGAAUCAAUGGCCAAUCAACUCCAGGAAAAGAAAGAGAGGUUGCAAGAACAGCUUGAGUCACUGGAGGCAAAACUGGCAUCAGUAAAAGAAAAAAAAUUAAAGUAUGAACUGUUAAAAGAAAAGACUGAUCAAGAAAAACUAAGGAAGCACGCUAAGGAAAAUAUGAUAAAGAUUCAAAGGGAACAAGAGCAAAAAAAGAAACAAUCAGAUUUUGCCAUCAAGCAGUGUAAUACAGCCAUCCGAAGUCUGGAACAGUGCCUGGAGAUUCUCCGCGGUGAAGUCGAGGUGUGUCGCAAGCAGACAGAGCUGGCUAAAUACAAGCUACAAGAAGAAGAGACAAAGACAAACAACCAAGUUAAAAAGCGAGAGGAUCGAUAUCACUGGCUGAAUGGAGUGGUAAAGCUGUUGGAGUCGUUACAAGGCCUGGCAGUUCGUGACAUUGGAGAUGACAUACUUGUGCUGGAGCUAAAACAGCCGAGAGUAGAUGAUGAUUCUCUAUUCUUGACGCUCAAGUUCAGACUUUGUCAGCUUAGCUGUCCGAGUCUCUGUGGUGCUGAGCUGAACCCAGACACACUCUCCAUAGAUGAUUUGGUCACGGAAGCGGUAGAAAAUGGCGAUGCAGUUGCUCUUGUCCAUGGCGUGCAAGCGAGGCUGAAAGAGCAGCAAUGCUUGAGGGAAGAGAUCGGGGAGCUCCAGAAAAUCUACGCGAUGGAUUGGGAACCGGGAGCGAAGCGUCUGAGAGUGAUGUUAGGACGCAGUGGAAAAACCGUAUGUACCCUCGGCUUGGGCUUGGAGUACCCCGCACAGGGGUCGGUCUCCCUUCUUAAGGUGGAAGGCACACAGCAACAGGACUUGACAAAAAUACAGGCUCCAAGCCCAAGUGCGACCCUGAGCACGUGGAUUCGUCAUCUGCAGCAGGUGUUCAGCAUUGAGUAACGUGUAGGUAAAUAGAUUAGCUUGGUAACCCAACAUAAUUAGUCACGCCUUCUACGAGUAACACAACGUGCUAGUCACACCUACGAGUAACGCGCAAGUCACAUCUUCUGCGAGACACUUUUUUUAUAAGAACGUCUAAUUUUCAGUUGAGGCAGGGCCGUUAUUAUUUUGGGGACAUUUUUAGGCUGAAUAUUUUCUUAACGAUUUUCUUAAAUUUAAGCGUAUCUCAGAAUAUAAUACCCAAAGAAUUAUUUGGAAGGGAAUUACACUAAUGUUCAAUAACAAUAAUAAGGUUGUUACUAUGAGCACAAUUUGAUUCUGCAUUUUAAAACGCAUCAGGACUAAAAAAGAUAAACAUUUUCUGAUAUCUGAGCUUCGGCAUGUUUGGUGGAAUCUCAGGCUUGACGUUCUUUUAAAAGGGUUCUUAUAAAACAAAAAGAGUGUAUUCAAGAAGCUGGGUCACGCCAUCUACGAGUAACACAACGUGUUAGUCACGCCUUCUGUGAGUAUUAAUAAGCGUUAGUAUUAGACACGCUGGGUCACGCCUACGAGUAACACGGUCCGUGUAUAUUUGCAUUUUCGAACUUUCUUAACAAUACGCCUACGAAAGGGUGUAUAGAUAUGGAACUUGUAUAUAGAGUGUUUGUAUGGUAAGGUACGGUUAUGUUAACGUUGGCAAUUUCAUCAGGAUCUUAGUAUUUUAGUAAGGUUGGCCUUUCGUGAAGAUAGAUUGUUUGGAAUGUUUUAUUUUUUUUUUAAUUUGUAGCAUUUUACUUGUAACACGAUAGUUUCAUAAUGUA